AUGCAACAGCCGGCCCGCUAUACCAUGGGCGACACGAUACCGUUCCUGCCAGUGCCAAAGGGCCAGCAUCUUCGCUCAACUUCAGGAUCCCCCACCCGACACCGACAUACCGAUGAUAUCCUUGCGAACUUGACGCCCUCUACAGCCGUUGAUGUUCUCCGUCACCCUUCGGGUUCGCUCAAGCGCUGUCUCGAUAGUGCAACACCUACCGAACAGUCCUUUGCCCUGAGAGCUGCCCAGGCCUCCAGAGCUGUGGCACAGUGGCUGGAAGAGCUUUCCACCUGGCCAUGGCCCGCCGGCGGUGGCUCUGCCGGCUUUGAGAUGCCCACGGCGAAGAGGCGGAAGCUCUUCACAAGGUCCGAUGAAACGCCAACUUUGAACGGCGGUGCACAAGAAACACACCAGACAGAGGAGGCCCCAUGGCUCGGAAGCCUUCCGGCUUCAGAUGUCACACAGUAUGAGAGGCGCGUGAGCGGCAUCCGGACGGAGAUGAAGGAGCUGGAUGUCGAAGAGAUUAAAAGUCACGUCUUGCACCACCACAUUCUACCCCUUUCCCGGCCAAGUACGCCCAUGUCCGAUUCGAACCGCCCCGGGAGCUCUCUGGAUCAGAGAUUCAACAAGAUGGACGACCUGGCUGCCAUAAUCACUGCGAUCGUGAUGCAGCUGUUGCCGAACUUGUCCAAACUAGUCCGUCUGAUGGAUACCUGGAGCCUUCGAAUUUCCGUAUUGCAUAGAAUCCCAUCGACCUUGCAUUCGCUGCAGGAUGCUGAGGUUGCCCUGCAGUCAGGAUGGGACGCCACCAGACGUGAAAUCGAUGCUGCGGGCACACAUCCCGGAUCUACUUCUUCGAUGCUGACACGCCAGGAUUUCGAUAUCAUGAAGCUUGUGGUAGAUAAGAAGGUAGCCAAAGCUGCCCGUGAUAUCGACUUCAUGCUUGAUACGCUCGACGGGGCCGAGGAUACUAUCCCGGAUGAGUGGGUUGAUCGGAUGGACUCAGUCGAACAACGAUAUGGCGAAUGGGUUGCGACAUGCGAGCGUGAGAUGCGACAGUCAUUAUGGAACCGGGUCAAUGGCGGUGAGAUGAGCAGCCUGGGAUCUAGUGCCACUGAGGGCAGACUGUCUCCGACCAAGGGCAAAGAUGAGGAUCGACCAAGUGAUAAGCCUGCCGUCUCGGCACAACCAGUCCCAGUCGCGCCAGAGGUCGAAAUCCGCCUGACUUCUGCGGAGCAAUCACCUGUUCAGCAAACGCUCGAUGGAGGCCGAGAUACCAGCCCACCUGAUGUUGAUAUUGUUGAUAUAUCAACUCGGCCAAGCGUCAACGGCAAGGAGCCGGUAGCUCUCCCUGAGGACAGCCUGCCGGACGAGUCUAGCCCGGGAGCUCGCACCUCGGAAUCCGACCCUGUCUCCGAAGAAGCUCUUGAGUCAUACCAUGAUCUUUCUUCCCGGAAUUCCCUUGCAUCGCUCAGAACCCAGCCAUCUUUGCCCUCCUUGAUGGGUGACCCAGUGGUGGGGAGCGAAACUUCAACGGUCGUUCAUGGGCCGCCUAGUGGCUUUGACAUCUCAAGCGACCAGGCCGAGUAUAUGGACACGGCCGCCGACCUUCCUCAAUUCCAGGAGCCCGCUGCACAGUCCGAUAACGGGAGCCCUCCAAGCUCUCCACCGGACUUCAGGUCCAGCACAAGGUCGACUUCAACCUUCACUGACAUGCCUACGGUGGUCGAGGAGAGCCCGCCAAGAACACCGCUCAUGCCUUCUUUCUUGGACGACACUGAUACGUCACUUCAACUGGGUAGCCCAGGUAAGAAUAGCGUUACCAGUGAGGAUGACCAGCUGCAACAGCAGAUCAGCGAGAUCCUGGGCUCUAUCCCGGCCAAAAUCAAACUCUCGGCAGAUCCACCGCCCGUCAACCAUCUCAAUCCUCCAGACUUGCAGCUGCCAAAGAUGAAGCGUAGCAGCUUUGGCGCCCCCGAAUCCGUACGCAGCCAGUCGAGCAUGUCGUCCAGAGCUGGCACCCCUUCGUUUCUGUUGGCUCCAGCCUACGCUCGGAACACGCGAUCCCGUCACCAGAAGGGCAACUCCGAGAUCAAGCUCUACCAUCUCUCGAGGUCUACAGGUGAAGCGCCUAUCAAGCUGUUCAUCAGACUCGUGGGCGAGAAUGGCGAGCGCGUGAUGGUGCGAGUGGGUGGCGGCUGGGCGGACCUGGGAGAGUACCUCAAAGAGUACGCCAGCCAUCACAGCCGGCGGUCCAAGACGGGCAAAGAAGGCAAGGUGGAGAUAAGAGAUCUGCCUCCGCUCUCGACUUCCAAGGUCGGCUCGAGCCCUGGCGGGCCUGCGAGCCGGCCGGCGUCGGCCCUCGACUCGCCCAUCACGCCGCUCAACGUGCGCAAGACGAGGAAGAGCAUGGGCGACGAGAGCUUCUCGAGCAGGAUGCUCCCCAAGACGCCGCUGCCCGCGGGCGGCCCGCGGUCCUCGGACACGCCCGUCUCGAACGCGUCGGGCCGGUCCCGGUCCAGCUCGCGGCUGAGCUGGACCGAGGAGGACAGCUCGUUGGGCAUGUCGGGCCCAAAGGCCAAGAACAUCGCCAUGAGCGAGGAGAGCCGCGCCUGGGUCGAGAGCGUCAAGGAGAAGGUCCGCAUCGCCAGCGGCGAGCUCAAGGCCGCCACGUCGUCGGACCAGCCGCCGCCGCUGCCGCCGCCGCCCGCCGUUUCCGACGGCCGGUUCGGCGAGAUGGGCAAGGUCGGGGGCACCAAGCGUCUUUUCCGGAAGGGCGGUGUCUAA